CUAGGGAUUUGGUGAUGUUACUGGCCUAAUAACAUUACCGUUUGGUAGUUGCUGUUGGAUUGACUUGUAUUGAUGCUCUGCAUUUUUAAUUUAAGCCAAUCCAAUGGUGGUUAUUGAUAUAUGGUAGCACCUAAUAUGGUAUUAUUCCCAUUUCUAACAUGGAUUCCAAUAUAGUGUAUUAUUGAUGGCCUCUUGAUUCUUUUUUUGUCAGAGGUGAAACAAAAUCUAAAUUUGCAUUAAUAUUUUUGUGCUUUUUGUCAUUCGAUAUUGAUAUCAGUGGUAUCGCUUGUCUUUAGGUGUACGUCUUCAUUCGCUCCUUUGCAUGUUUUGGUUUUUGUGGUGGUUUGUUUGUAAUUUGUUUUUGUUAUUUUAUUUUAUUUACUUAUUCCUACUUUGCAGAGUAUUUCUCUUCAGUGUGAUGUUGGGCUUGCAUUUAAAAUGAGCAAACUUCUUGUGUUAAUGUGUUUAUAAAGCAAUUUUCUUCAGUGCAUUUCACUGCAAUAAUUAUUGCAUUAAGUCUGAUGCAUUGGAAAAUUUUAGGAAGGCCAUUGGACCAAAAUCUGUGUGAAGAUUUAAGUGAAGAGCUAUCGUAUGUUUAGAAUUACAUGUCACAGCAUUUUAUCUGUUUUAAAUAUUUGUAAGUUUUAGAUGGUUUAAGUUUCUACAUAUUCAGGCUUGUCGUGGGAAUCACACUUCAAAGGCUGCAGUUCGUAAGGUUUCAAGACAAGUUGCAAUGGCUUUUGUCAAACGAACUCUCGCUAGAUGUAGAAAAUUUAAAGAUACUGGCAGUAGUUGCUUUAGUGAGCCUGCACUGCAGGAUGUCUUGUUUUCUGCACCUCCAUGCAGCAAUGAUGCAAAAUCUGCUGACUGUGUUGGCUCAGGAACAGCUAGUAAUACAUGCAAUGAAGUGUCUAACCAUCAAACAGAAGCCAAGGGAUCAGGUGCUGUCUCCAGCACUUUUAAGAGAUAUGAUACCCCAAGUGAUAAUCUUGACAGAGUUUCUUCAGAUGCUUUCCAAGCUGGUUUUCACUCAUCUGAACACGCUUUCCCCAAGCAUGGAAUUAUUCUGAAGAAGGCAAAGAGGGAAGUACUGAUUGAUGAUGUUGUUGGCUGUGCCUCCUCUAGGGUAACGUCAACUCUUGACAACUCUAAUCUUGUUGGUGGAGCAAGAGGAAAGAGAAGCGAGAAAGAUAGGGAUCUAAACAAGGAUAAUUACAAAAGUAUCUCUGUUUCCUUAGCUUGUCGCUCAUCAUUGGACAGCCUCAAGAAUGAACGCAAAACAAAAGCGAAGUCCAAGCACAAGAAUAAUCACUCAUCUACUUCUGUCAGUGGACUUCAUGGAAGGUCUUCUGUGAUCGGAUCUAAGCCGUCACUGGCCAACACUAGUAAUAGAAGGGGCAGAGAAGUGGGAUUAUCAUCGCCUGGUAAAGUUUCUGAGGAAUCAUCGAAAGCAGAGGAACCGGUAGAUUUUGCGAACUUGCAACUGAAUGAAUUAGAUUCCGUGGAUAUAGGUGUAUCCAACGACCUUAGUGGACCUCAAGAUCUCAAUAGUUGGUUAAACUUUGACGGAUUGCAAGACCAUGAUUCUAUAGGUCUUGAAAUCCCGAUGGAUGACCUCACAGAUUUGAUGUUGAUGUAAAGAAAAUCUAAUGUCUAUAUUUGUGCAAUUUUGUGGUUUAGCUUUAUAUUGUUGGAAUCAUAGUAAUGUGAGGUUAUUUCAACUAGUCGAAGCUAAGUCGAGAUGAUUGAGGAAUGUAAUUAUAAAUUGAUUCUUUCGUAUACCAAGUAAUUUAAUGAAGUUUGAUUGUUAUUGUGAAA